CCUCGAGAGCUUUUCGCAAAGUAAAGUCUCCUGAGCAAAGGGCACACUAUUCCGCUUGCUCCUUUGCGGUCUCAAUCUAUUUUGCGCUCACAUGCUAUUGAUAUCUGACUCGCCAACGCGGUAAUGCGCUAGGGAUGUUGGCGCUCUCCAAUGUCCAACCUCCGUUCCGUAUGGGUGCUGAUCUGGGCCUUGCUUUUGUCGCUAUGGCUUGCUACGGCUCAGGGAAUGAGGACCGAUCGAGUUAGAGAACUUCGUAAGGAGACCGAGCGCAUGUUUUAUCACGGCUUUGAUAACUACAUUCGACAUGCAUUUCCCGAAGAUGAGCUCCGUCCCUUGACCUGCCGCCCGUUGGUCCGCGACCGAGACAACCCUGCGCAUGCGGAACUCAAUGAUGUUCUUGGGAACUAUUCCCUUACUCUGAUCGACAGUCUUUCGUCUCUGGCUAUCCUUGCGUCGAGUCCAGAAAAUGGAGCAGAGGCCUUAGCUUACUUUCAAAGAGGAGUGGAGGACUUUGUCAUGCUUUAUGGAGAUGGUUCUGAUGGUCCUGCAGGCCAGGGCAAGCGGAGUCGAGGAUUUGACAUGGAUAGCAAAGUCCAGGUCUUUGAGACGGUCAUCCGAGGGCUGGGCGGACUUCUCAGCGCGCAUCUUUUUGCUGUGGGUGACCUCCCCAUCGUUGGGUAUGAUCCUCCAGAUGAGGAAGUCGCCUUCGCAAAAGCUUGGGAUAAAGCAUCCUUUCAAGACUGUGGACACGGUAUCACUUGGAAGAGCGGGUUUGUAUACAAUGGCCAACUCUUGCGACUCGCGGUUGAUCUAGGCAACCGUUUACUACCUGCAUUUUACACAGACACCGGUCUUCCUUACCCGCGGGUCAACCUGAGAUACGGAGUCCAACGACAACCAUUCUAUGCCAAUUCGCCGCUCAAUGCGGCCCAUUCGUGCAACGGAUCAAAAACUGAACGCUGUCAGAAAAGCCGCUGGUCAUCCUUCCCAGAAACCACAGAGACUUGCAGUGCUGGCGCCGGCAGUCUUGUUUUAGAAUUCACCGUCCUAAGCCGGCUUACUGGCGAUGGCCGGUACGAGGAGCUUGCUAAGAGGGCCUUUUGGGCCGUAUGGACACGAAGAAGUGAAAUUGGCUUGAUUGGAUCUGGUAUUGAUGCUGAGUCGGGAAGAUGGAUACACUCGUACACCGGGAUCGGUGCAGGAAUUGAUAGCUUCUUUGAAUACGCAUUCAAGUCAUACGUUUUGCUUUCUUCGGGAGAGCGACCGCCUCAUAACACAAGCAGCCCAUGGCAUCUUUUGGACGAUUACUUCCCCCCCUUGGGCGAGCACGAACACUCUGCACAGGCUUUUUUGGACGUUUGGCAAGAGUCUCAUGCGUCCAUCAAGAGACACUUGUAUCGGGGCGAUGGACAUCAACACCCUCAUCUCAUCCAAGGCGACAUUUUCACGGGUGCGACUCGUGCUUUCUGGAUAGAUAGUCUCAGCGCCUUUUACCCUGGCUUGCUGACGCUGGCUGGUGAGGUGGAUGAGGCAAUUGGCAUCCAUCUUCUGACCACUGCUGUCUGGACGCGGUUUUCUGGCCUGCCUGAAAGAUGGAACGUCGCCACAGGAAACAUAGAACAGAACUUGGCAUGGUACGGUGGUCGUCCGGAAUUUGUUGAGUCGACAUAUUACCUGUACCAGGCAACUAAGGAUCCAUGGUAUCUGCAUGUGGGCGAGAUGGUCCUCCGUGAUCUCAAGCGCCGAUGCUGGACUAAGUGCGGAUGGGCUGGAAUCCAGGACGUUCGCAACGGAGAGCUCAAUGAUCGAAUGGAGAGCUUUUUCUUGGGAGAAACCGCGAAAUAUAUGUUUCUCCUUUACGAUUUCGAGCAUCCGUUGAAUAAAAUGGAUCAACCGUUUGUGUUUUCUACGGAGGGUCAUCCACUGAUAAUACCCAAGCACAGCACCGCCUCCCGCAGACGCCGGCAGCCACCGUUGAGCGUGAAAAGCAAGGAAUCUGUCUGCCAAUUGGCCCCCCGUCCACCAACAUUGGUGGUUUCAUCCACGGCUGCACGUCCUGAUCUUUUCCAUGCUGCGAACUUAGCUCGCCUGCACCUCAUGCCCAGUAGAGGCGUUCCCGAAGGGCCCCUUCUUGAGUAUGCUGAGGAUCAUCCAAGCAUAUCGAUGUCCGAUAUAUCGUCGCCUACGAAUUUUACAUUUUACCCCUGGACCUUGCCAGCAGAGUUGAUACCUUUCAACGGGACCAGUGCUCCCUUAAUCUCUCGCCCGACCCUCGAUAUCUCAUUCCCUGCACUCCCCGGGAUGGUCAUAGGUCCCGGGUCGCUGGAACGAGUUCGGGAUGGAAUUCUUGUGAAGGCCAUCGGAGGUCUGCGGCUGAGCAUGGUUCGCGAUAUACCGGCUCCUGACGCAACCAAAAAUCCAAAUAAGGUCGAAUAUCGGGUGCAAGUAAUCAAUAACGUGCCCCUGGGUAAGGAUGAGAAGGUAUAUCUUUCACGGGAGAUCACAUUCGAUGUGCUUGAUCCCACUGAUCCUAACUUUACGCGUGUUCGCGACUCUUCCAUGGUAGACAUUGUUAUUGAUGUCCUGCCAGAGCUUCUUCGUCGACAGAACGAUUCGAAUGAUGGCUUCGAAGCUGCUGAACCUCAGCAGGCGCGGGGUUCAAUUAUUCACGACUCAGCUUCGGUUGAGGGCAACAUUGGCAGCGUCGACCCGUCGAGUUCCGGUAUGAAAACCGUACUAUCCUCUUUGGUGAACUCCUUAUCUACUCUACUGCGAGACGAAACGCAUGCUGAGACGGGUCUUCCCCUUCAAAACUCGCCAAUUCUGCGAUUGAUGAUUCCAGCGGCUAUUUCGACUGGCCUCGGGUCGGCUCCGUUGCCCGAUGUCGAAGAUGCCCCAACAGUGUCGGUGGCGGGUGACCUGUCAAAACGGCGCCUCGCCUGGUCCGCCGUCUAUUUCGCGGACGAGCUCUGUGAUCAGCGUCUUUCAAGGGAGGUCGUUCAGAAACACCAAGUACUUGUGCUUCGGCGUGGCGGUUGCAGUUUCUCGGAAAAGCUGCGCAAUAUUCCCGCGUAUCCGCCGUCACGCCAUGCUCUGAAACUUGUGAUAGUGGUCUCUCAAACUCCUGAGGAAGAGGAAAUGUGGGAGGCGGCGGGCUCGGUGCCGGCCUCGCCGGGGUUGGCUGCUGUGCACGCAGAGCGGCAUCUUGUUCGACCACAUCUAGACGAAAGCCAGUUUACUGCAGGUGGCCUUCCGCGACGCCAUCUACUCAGUAUGGUGAUGGUGGGUGGCGGCGAGGAAACCUAUGCGUUGCUUCGACAGGCGACCGGAGUGGGAAUCAAGCGGCGCUAUUCAAUGCGGUCACAAGGGGUCCCGAUCCACAACUUAUAUAUCGUCUAAUAUAUACAUUACGUGUUCGAGAAUGACCCUCGCUUGAGGCCCAGGCAUCUGCCGUUAUAUGUACAUACCUGGAUAUAUUGUAGAUGUCAACAGAGAAUGGAAAAAACGAG